AUGGCAGAUGCGAAACCUAUCUUGACAGAUGUGAGUAGGAUUGAUAAGUUUGACCCACAUGGAGAUGUGAAUUCGGUAGGAAUCCGUUGGACACGGUGGGCACGUGCAUUUGAGCUCUUUGCAAGCGGAAAGGGAAUAGAAGACCCAGCGCAAAAGAAAGCUUUAAUGUUACAUGAGGCAGGGAUGGACGUACAGGAUAUUUUCUAUACGCUUGAAGUCCCCGAACCGGGUGAUGGAGAAAACGUGUAUGGCGUGGCGUUGGCGACAUUGAAUAAACACUUUACUCCUCAGGUAAAUCACACGUUUGAAAGAUCACAAUUUCGCGCUAUGGCACAAACAGCGACAGAAACUGUUGAACAAUUUAUCACUAGACUGAGACAGAAAGCGGUGUAUUGUAACUUUACGAAUAUUGAUGAAAGUAUACGUGAUCAAGUGAUAGAGAAGUGUUAUUCUCAAAGACUGAGAAGGAAAUUGUUAGAGAAAAAUAAUGUGACACUGAAACAACUGAGAGAAACAGCACAGAGUUUGGAAGCAGCUGACAAAAGAGCAGUGACUAUGGAACACAAACCAGAACAAGAAACCAUAAACAAAGUGAGUAGAUACAAACAUAAACAUGACUUUAAGCAACAGGAUAAACAAGACAAAAAGUGUUUCGCUUGUGGUAAAUAUGGUCACAUUCGCACGGAUCCGAAAUGUCCAGCACGAGGACAGAAGUGUCGGAAAUGUCACAUGGAAGGACAUUAUGAAGCAUGCUGCAAGACCAAGUCAAAGACAAAGUGGCACAAAACCAAGAGGGCAGCAGUCCGAAAUAUUGAAACUUCAGAAGUAGAACAAGGUCAGGAGUCUGAGAGAACUUAUGUGUUUACUAUUCGGAACCAGGAUCGUUCAAAGAAUGACUUUAGUGUUAGUAUUGGCGGUAUUGAUACAAAAGUCAUCAUCGACUCAGGAGCUUCAGUGAAUGUUAUUGACAGACACUUAUGGGAACAACUCAAGGAACAAAAAGUGAAAUGUCACAGACAGUCGAAAGCAUCGACAAAGAAACUGUAUCCCUAUGGUAGUAACAAACCACUGACUGUCGCAGGAAGUUUUGUUGCUGAUGUGUGUACGCGAGACCGGGGUGUGUCAGCCGAGUUCUUUGUUGUAGAAGAAAGUGGACAAGCUCUCCUAAGCUAUGAUACUUCUACCCAUCUUGGAGUACUACAGAUUCAAGAGACAAGUACUGUUGCACCAGUGCACACUGUGAAUAGCACAGAUAUUAAAACAGAGAUACUAGGGAAAUUUCCGAAAGUGUUCACAGGACUUGGAAAACUGAGAGACUUCCAACUUAAAAUUCCAAUUGAUGAGUCCGUACAUCCUGUAAUUCAGUCCGUACGUAGAGUACCGUACCAUUUACGCAGUAAGCUAGACCAGAAACUGGAUGAACUUGAGAAGAUGGAUGUUAUCGAGAGAGUCAAAGGGCCAAGUCAGUGGGUAUCACCAAUUGUGGUUGUACCAAAAAAGAAUUCAGAUAUUCGCAUAUGUGUCGACAUGCGAAGAGCUAACGAGGCAGUCGUUCGUGAGAGAUAUCAAAUUCCUACUGUCGACGAAAUCUUGCAGGACUUGAAUCAGAGCAAAGUUUACAGUAAACUUGAUAUCAAGUGGGCCUAUCAUCAGUUAGAGCUUACCCCAGACUCUAGAGAAAUAACUACCUUUAUGACACCAAGAGGACUUUAUCGAUACAAACGUUUGUUGUUUGGAGUGAACUGUGCUCCUGAAAUGUAUAACAAAAUCAUUCAACAGACAUUAGGAGACUUACCUGGUGUGAAUGCAAUAUAUGAUGAUGUUGUGGUCCAUGGAUCAACAGAACAAGAGCAUCAACGUAACCUAGAAUCAGUGUUGAAACGUUUAGAAGACUCCGGAAUGACUUUGAACAUUGAGAAGUGUCGAUUCAAUAUGGAGAAGAUCGAUUUCAUGGGAUAUGUACUCUCUGAACAUGGCAUCGGAAUAGCAGACAGCAAAGUUCAGGCUAUUAGGAGUGCCAGGACACCACAGUCAGUAUCUGAGGUGCGAAGCUUCUUGGGACUAGUCAAUUUCGCGGGCAGAUUCAUACCAAACCUGUCCACUGUAGCAGAACCCUUAAACAGACUUUUGCCCUACUUUGAUGUGAAUGCCAAAACACAAGUUAUUGCAGAUGCAAGUCCAGUCGGCUUAGGCGCUGUAUUAGUCCAGGAACAACACGGGAAACCUAAGAUUAUCUCCUAUGCGAGUAGAUCCUUAACAGACGUCGAACGCAGAUACGCACAAACCGAGAAGGAAGCACUCAGCUUAGUGUGGGCAUGUGAGCGGUUUCACAUGUACCUGAUGGGGAAGACUUUUGAGCUGUUAACGGAUCAUAAGCCACUUGAAUUUAUUUUCUCGCCCAAAUCGAAACCAUGUGCACGAGUAGAAAGAUGGUUUUUAAGGAUGCAGAACUACAGUUACACAGUUCGUCAUAUUCCGGGUAAAUCAAACAUAGCUGAUUCAUUGUCAAGGAUGUUGUCAACAGAUACACCAAAUCCGAAGACGAGUGAUACUGAGGAAUACUUACGCUUUGUUAUUGAGGAAGCUGUUCCAAUGGCAAUGACCGUAUCUGAGCUUGAGAGAGCAUCAUUGGAGGAUGAGGAUCUCAAGAACUUGAGAGAAUGUUUGAUAACAGGGAAAUGGUAUCAGUUACAGAACAAAGACUUUUUGUCAGUAAAAUCAGAAUUGUGUACUGUUGGACAUCUGAUACUACGAGGGACAAGGAUUGUCAUACCUAAGUCAUUACGCGACCAAGUACUGGCACUAGGUCAUGAGGGACAUCCUGGAAUUGUUAUCAUGAAGCAGCGAUUGCGAUCCAAAGUUUGGUGGCCUAAAAUGGACCAAGACAUUGAACAGUGGAACAAAGCUUGUUAUGGAUGUCAGCUAGUAUCACAACCUGAAAAAGUGGAACCUAUGCACAGAACAGAACUACCAUCACGACCAUGGGAACAUUUAGCAGCUGAUUUCCUAGGACCGUUACCAUCCGGUGACUACAUUUUUACUAUUGUUGAUUACUAG